GAAGCCUUGGCUCCUGGACCGCUUGGACGCGGCUCCCCCGGGGGUGACUCCGGCGGCCCAUUUUAUUUCCCAGUCGGCGCCACAUCCGGCAAAAAAAAACUUAAAAAUGCGGAGGAGGGUCCUCGCACUCGCAUCUCAGACCUGGUGAAAAUGGCCUUUAAAGUUGUAACCGGGAGGAGGCCGCGAGGCCCCAGAGGAGGCCCGACGGGGCCCAAGCCGCACGCGCCGCGUCUCAGGACCCGAACAGGGGAGCAAGUCGGGCUCCCGGAGCCCGUUUCAAGGGCGGCACCGAGGGACCCUGGGCCUCACUGUCCUAGUCCCCGGCCGCGCCUCGUGUAAGAUGAUGGGCCCCUGGAAGUCCGACUGUCCCCCCCGGGGCAUCCUCGGCGCCUCCCCGCGGAGGCUUUCCAGCUACUGGGUGUGCAGGAGACUGACGGCCCAGACGCCGACACCCCACUCGCCCGAGCCCAGGGGUCCGCUCCAGGCAGCGGGUUGGAUCGAAGCUUUCCCCACCACCGAGAGACUGCUGACGUUGUUGCCGAAGUACUUACUGAACACAUCCUUCGCAGAUUCGGCCUCCCUCGAACCUUACAGUCAAAUACCGGGCCGGCUUUCACAUCCAGCAUCACUCAGGUCUCCGAAAGUCUCAGCAUCACCCAGAAACUGCAUGUACCCUACCAUUCCCCAGUCCUCGGGUAAGGUAGAGGGAGCCAGCGGCCUUCUCAAGGGACAGCUUACCAAAUUAACCCUUGAGACACACUUGUCGUGGCCUUCCCUCCUCCCCUUUGCCCUAACCAGGCUUAGGGCAACCCCAAGGGGAACCUCGGGACUUAGUCCUUUCAAAUUACUGUAUGGGUGACCCUUUCUUCUUACUCAUAACGUGCGGUCAUCGCCACACCCUGUCCUCUCCUAUCUACCUUACCUGACUCCCCUGAGAACCCUUCUCCGGGCCCACACGGAUUCCGUCAUUCCUGCUCCAGGGGUACCGACUCCUGACGUGUUGUGAGAUCUGUCCCCCGGAGAUAGUGUUUUACUAAAAGAAUUACACGCUAAGACUCUACAGUAUAAGUGGACAGGCCCCUAUACUGUUACCCUAACCACUUCUACGGCCGCAAAACUCCUGGGUCACUCCCCUGUGGGUACAUAUAUCCAAACUAAAGAGGCCCCCUUACAAAAUGAUUGGACUAUUCAAAACCCGGGCCCACCAAACUUCGUCUGGCCCGUGUCCCUUCUCAUUUUAACACUCCCUCAGGGACCCAUGACUAACUCCCGUGACCCAUGCAUGCGGGGCUCAGGUCGCAAUCGAUGUUUUCAGUCCUUCACCUUCAUGCCUUCCCAAUGCUACGCAGGAAACCCCCAGACCUGUACCACUACUCAAGUCCUGGGCAGGACUUUUUGGAUUUCUGAAUUAACCCAAACCAGUCGCUUCCCAGUACUGCUUACCCCAAAUCCGGAGGAGUACGUUGGUCCUACCUGGCCCAAAUAGGGCUCUGGGACAGGGGCAGGGUACAGGACCAGGCUUUAAAAAAAUCAGUCUAAAAUAAUAUUGCAGAAUCUGGCUAAACUCUCCACCCCACCUCAGUAUAGGGGAAUCAACCUAAGGGCACUCCAACAACUAACCAAAAUCCCUAACGAAUCAUACCCUUCACUCUGGACCUAUUGGGGGACCCAUUUCCCUCACCAGUGCCCCAAGCUUCACGUGCCU